AUGAUUGGAUUUAUCAGAGAUAUAUGCAAAUUGGGGGCUAUUGAUUUCGUCAGAUCUACCGAUCCACUUGAUGCUGAGAAGUGGAUUGAAGAUUUGGAAAGAUAUUUUGAGAUGAUGGACUGCACUGAGGUGCAGAAAAGGAAGAUUGUCAAUGAGUAUGAGAGGAAGUUUACAGAGCUAUCCCGAUUCGCUCCUUACAUUGUUGCGAAUGAGUUACACAAGGGUAGAAAGUUUGAGCGAGGAUUGGUCUCUUGUGUGAAGAAGUUUAUGGUGGGUCAUCAUUUUGACACUUAUGCUAAAGUGGUGGAAUGUUCCAUGGCAAUAGAGGAGAAUAAUAACAUUGCCUUCCAGAAACAGAAAGAGCGUAAGGCAGAACAGAAAAGUAAAGCGGCUAGCAGCUCUCAACAGAAUCAGAGGGGUCAGCAACAACAGACUCAGAGAAACUGGCAGGGUCAGUCUUGGCAGAAAGGUAGACAAGAUUGGCGAGCAGGGAAACGACAGAGAGCUGGUGAAGGUUCUUCAUAUUCUUUUAUUGCACUAUCAUUUGUGGACACACUGGGAUUAGAAUCUGAACAUAUGAAUAAUGUCUUAUCUAUUACAACUCCACUCGGGAGCGUAACGACAUUUGAUAGAAUAUGUCGUGUUUGCCCUAUUACAAUUGGGGAGUUGGAGUAUCCUAUUGAUUUGAUAUUACCUUCUCGAUAUAAGUGUGGGGAGUUCGAGGGCACCAUAACUAUGGGAUUUCUGGCCCACAUCAAGGUGGUUGAGCAAUGCGUGACUAUAGAGCAGUUACCAACAGUGUCAGAGUAUGCAGAUGUGUUUCGGGAUACUCUGGGUUUGCCUCCUAGGAGGGCAGUGGAUUUGUGCAUCGACCUCACUCCUAGUAUUUCACCUAUCUCUAGGGUCACUAUUAAGAAUAAGUACCCAUUGCCACGCAUUAAUGAUUUGUUUGAUCAACUCAAAGGGGCGCAGUUGUUCUCUAAGAUUGACUUGAGGACUAGGUACCAUCAGCUGAGGAUUAGGGAUGAGGAUAUUCCUAAGACUGCCUUCAGGACUCGUUAUGGCCUCUAUGAGUUCUUAGUCAUGCCUUUUGGGUUGACUAACGCUCCGGCAGCUUUUAUAGAUUUGAUGAACAGAGUGUUUCGACCUUACUUGGAUCAGUUUGUUGUGGUAUUUGUUGAUGACAUCCUGAUAUGUUCCAAGACUAAGGAGGAACAUGAGAGACAUUUGAGCAUUACACUUCAGAAUUUGCAUAAGCAUCAGUUCUAUGCUAAGUUUGAGAAGUGUGACUUUUGGCAGGAGUAG